AUGUCGGGGAGCACCGCUGGGGACGCCAUGAUCGGCCGUGUAUGCCGGAGCUUCCCCGAGACGUUUGCCAAGGACGAGGCAACUGCACGCGAGCAGGACAAGAAGUACUGGAUUAGCCGCGUGCUAGGCUCUGGCGCUACUGGAACGGUUCUGUGUGCAAAGCGUGUAUCUGAUGGAGAAGGAUUUGCUGUGAAGUGCGUCGACAUGGAGGGCAUGUCCGAGGCUGACAAAAACCGUGCGCAGGCAGAGGUAGACUGUCUUCUCAAUUGCAACUUCUUUUCGAUUGUCAAGUGCCACGAGGAUCUUGCGAAACACGAUGCCGGUAACCCAGAGAUGGUGCAGAUGAUUGCGCUGGUGCUGGACUACGCCAACGCCGGUGAUCUCCGCCAAGAGAUCAAGAGUCGUGCUCGGACAGGUCGAACGUUCCGCGAGCACGAGGCGGGUCUUUUGUUCCUACAGGUGUUGCUGGCUGUGCACCACGUUCACUCAAAGCACAUGAUUCACCGUGAUAUUAAGAGCGCCAACAUCCUGCUCUGCAGCAAUGGUCUUGUGAAGCUUGGGGACUUCGGCUUUAGUAAGAUGUAUGCCAAUACCGUGAGUGAUGAUGUUGGCCGCACGUUCUGCGGCACGCCCUACUACGUGGCACCGGAGAUUUGGCGCCGCUGCCCGUAUAGCAAGAAGGCGGACAUGUUCUCCCUCGGUGUGCUUCUGUACGAGCUGCUGACGCUCAAGCGCCCCUUCGACGGCGCCAACAUGCACGAAGUCAUGCACAAGACGCUUGCGGGCCGCUUUGACCCCCUGCCGAGUAACAUUAGUCCAGAGAUGCGAGAUAUUGUGACGGCGCUGCUGAGCGGUGACCCGACGCGCCGUCCGUCCAGCAGCCGCUUGCUGAACAUGCCCAUCUGCAAGCUCUUCCUGUCUGGCCUGCUGGAGAUUGUGCAGACGCAACCGGCUUUCCAGGGCGGUCUGCGCGACUUGAUCUCAAACCAGAUUCAGGAGACGAAGCGGUUGCUAGUGACCGAGAAGCGCAACAUCCAGCGCAUGAUGGAGGAGAGCUCAGGCAGCUCGGUUGCCGUGUCCACUACCAUUCUCGAAGGCGCAACCCCGUUGACGACGACGCUGGGCGGCCUCACCAUUCACGAGGGAACCGUAAAGAAGCAGAGCAGCGAUAUGGUGUGGAAGAAGCGCUACCUGUGCAUCCGCGCCGAGCUUGCAGAUGGGCAGACGGUGCUCGACAUGAAUCCCAAGUUCAAGACCCUGGACAUGGUACUAGCCAUUUCGAAGGAGACGAUGGAGCAGCAGUGCAUUUCCACGCCCUUCACAGAGCUGGAGGACGCGUUCCCGGUUCCUGCGAAGUACACCGGCUGCAAUGCUUCUUUCGUCUUCGCCGUCGCCUUCAAGACGGGAAAGCGCCUGUCGUUCCAGACGAAGAGCGAGAUUGAGCGCGACCUCUGGAUGGAGAAGAUUCAGGACGUUCUGGGCAUCGGCGACGGCGACGACGACAUGUCUGCUUUGCCUGCGAAGGAGUAA